GGGUUGGGCUUCUUCGACGAAAGAUUGGAACAUUGACAGGUAUCGUAAACCCUGAAACAGUUAAAAACAACAGAAAAUCGGCGAAUGGAAUCGGAAGAAGGAGAGAGCGGUGAUGAGGAAGUGAUGAGCGAAGUCCACCUGGGUUGCCCACCUGGCUUCACUGGGCCCCACAUCUCCCUCUUCACCAUUUCUGCAUCUGAUGUUGCUCGCAGCACACACUUUCCUGAUUCCGAAGAUGAAGCAUUAGAAACUCAGAAUUUGGAAUUUGAUGAAGACGGCGACCUUCUUCUCCCUCGACGCACAACAAAUGCACAAUUAUCAUGCGAUAGCUUUAGUGUCAGAAUCCAGCAUAACAUCACAUCGUCAAUUCCAAAUGUUGGUCUCCAGGUUUGGAGAGCUGAACUUGUACUAUCUGAUUUUAUAUUGCAUAAAUCAUUUUGUUCCUCUGAACUUCAUGGAGUUAUUGCAUUCGAACUUGGCGCUGGAACUGGCUUGGUGGGUUUAUUACUUGCACGAAUUGGAAAUACAGUGUUCUUAACAGACCACGGGAAUGAAAUACUUGACAACUGCACAAAGAAUGUUCAGCUUAAUUUUGGAUUAUUGAAUUAUCAAGCCACUAUUUACGUACGUGAACUUGAUUGGUUUGAUUGCUGGCCUCCUAAAGCUAAAAUAGGAGAGGCUCCUUGCAAGCAGAGGUAUUCCUGGACUUUCACAGAGAUUGAAGAUGCAGAAAAUGCUUCUUUGCUUGUAGCAGCUGAUGUUAUUUAUAGUGAUGAGCUGACUGAUGCAUUUUUCAGUACCUUAAAGAGAUUAAUGUCAAGGGGUUCAACAAAGGUGUUAUACAUGGCUCUGGAAAAGCGAUACAACUUCUCUCUUUCUGACCUUGAUGUUGUUGCAAAUGGAUAUUCACGUUUUCGAAGCUAUAUCAAGGAUGAGGAUGAAAUUGAAAGCCUUGAGCCUGUAAGCACACCUAAUUUUGUGGGGAAGCGGAUGGACAUCUCUCAAAUUCCACAGUAUGUUAGAGAGUAUGAAAGGGGACAUGACGUUGAGAUUUGGCAGAUCAAGUACCGUGGACCAAGACAUGAAGCCUUAGUCACUGGGGGGUAAAAAUUUGAAGUUGAUUUUUAUAACCAAUGUUAUUGAUUUUGCACACUUUUGUAUUCGAAAGGCACGUUGGAUUCUAACUCGAGUGGAUUCACGGGAGUAAAGUUCUUUGAGCAUCUAUUUUUUUCUAUUUACAAGAGUCGAAUUCGAAAUAUUGUUUUAUGGGAAAACAGCUUGCUAGAAGUAUAAUAAACUCUAAUUUGAC